AUGGCGGAUCGCCUGUGCUCUGCAGAUGGCACACCACUGGCAGCUUCGAGCGUGGCGUCUGCGGGGCGCCUUGGAUACGGGCAGUGGCCUGAUAUUCUUGUUGGGACGCCUGGUGGUGUAGUGAAUGCCUUGUAUGACAUGGAACCCUCCAGCCGAACAUCCUGGCUCAGAGCUGUGAAGCAUGUUGUUAUUGACGAGGCAGAUUUGCUGUUCUCAGGUGGCUACCUGUCACCCAUGAACAAAUUGCUAGGGGUGAGUGGUUGUGAUCACAUGUUGCACGCACGGCCAAGCGUUGGAAGCGGCUUGGGAGGGCCUGGAUGUUGA